GGAACAUUUAAUGACGGAACUAUUAGUUCCAUCCGGUGAACGUUUUCGCUGACGGACCAGAAAAUUACAUAUUUGUAAACAGAUUCAGUGAAUCUUCAUAUUGACCCCUUUUGUUGACAUCAUCACCCAAUGUGGAGGAGGAGCAUUUUUCUUUGUUACACACAUCCAUAUGUGGAUUCAUGUGAAAGCUCUUUCUCUCUCUCUCUCUCGCACACACACACACACACACAGCACCACAGUUCUUCAAGUUUGUGUGUGUGUGUGUGUGUGUAUCGGCCUGUGUAAGAAAAACAGUGCCACCCAAAACUGUGCCAUGAGAAUUUCUGGCAAAGGCCAGACCUACUCCUCUUACUGUGCCAAUCUCUAGCAUUAACUCAAUAGGAUCAUCCGCCUCUAGCUAGUUGAUUAACAGAGCUGUGUUAAAGAGGGAUUGUUGUCCUGGAAGGAGCUUCCUGCCCUCGAGGAACACCAUCCGCUCAGACUGCCUCCCUCUGGGGCUCAGACGGCAGAUGCUUCGCCUGCAAGUUCCAGAGCCACCCCGCCCCAUAGAGGACCACCCUACCCCAUAGAGGACCAUCCCGCCCCAUAGAGGACCACCCGCCUGCCCUAACAGCCUCUAGGAGGGACCCACCCCGGGAGCAUCAUGGAAGGGCUGGAAGUGGAGGACAUUAGUCCUGCCCUGGAGGCCACUGAGGACUUCCUACACUGCCUGGAUGGGGGUGGAGGCCAAAGCCACUGCCAGGGUGGGGAUGGGUUCCGGCAGCCUAGGCAACACCACCCCAAGCUGCAGGAGAUGUCUGCAGCCCUGGGGAAGCUGAGCUCUAGCGGGGUGUGGGGCCUGCUGGCCAGGGAGCAGGGGACCGAGGUGUCCCCCCGUAACGUGGCCUGGGCUGACCAGCCCUCUGCCUUCAGCGUGCUGGCUCUGAGGCAGGGGAAAAGGAGUCGUGCUCGUUCCACCAACGACCUGGCUGCCCACACCAAGGACACUAACAACACCACCUCUAACUCCUCCAACACCGCCUUUAAGAAAGGCCACAACCGCUCACGUUCUGAUGUCAACUACCGGCCGUCCUACACAGACAACGCUAAUGGCCUGCCUGCUGUGGACAAGAACAUGCUGAAGAACAUUGCUCUCAACGACCAGAGAGAAGAAGCCCAUAAGGACAGCAGCAGCGGCAGUGUGGUGAAGCAGGGCUCCCUGGAGCAUCGUGAGGGUCAGAAGGGUCGUUGGAGCAUCUGCCACCUAGAGCUGACCCCCUGUGAGCUGCGUCUCUACAGCCUGGACAGCAGUGGUAACCGCCAGCUCUGCACCGCCUACUCCCUGUCCCACUGCCAGGGGGUUAGCCAGCCCCAGCCACCACAGGACGGACGAGUCCUCCAGGCCCUCUUCUUCAACAGCUCCACCCGCCUGCAAUUACGUGCCACCUGCCAGUGGGAGGCGCUAGACUGGAGGAGGCAGAUCUGGGAGAGAGUAUUGGCUGCCCGGCCCGCCCACAAACAGGCAGAGCCGCCUCCAGUCUUAUCCCCGUCGUCAUCCAUCUCCUCUGGAGGUCUCGACACCAGACCAGACCCCAUUGGUCCUGCUGAGGCUGCCCUGACCCCUCAUACCUCGCAUCUCCCCCCAGCCCGGCCCACGGCCCUGCCCCUGUUCACCAAGCGCUGUGCUGAUGUCCUUAAGGUGGGUCUGCUCCACCAGCAGACUGACCUCAACAACUGGAGGGCUUUCACCUUUGUGCUGAGUCGUUCCACGCUGCAGGCCUUCCCAACCGAGGGCCGGGGGCCCGUGUCCGAGCCUGUCCUCCGCUACCCGCUGGCCUCCUGCUUGGCCGUGCAGAGGGACGAGGGGGCCAGCGCCGCCCGUUUCCAGGCAGUCUUCCCCAGAGAGGUGCUCCGUCUGCGGGCUGAGAGCCAACUCAAGGCCCAGGACUGGGUGGAGGACCUGCGGACGGCCGUGGCGGCCCAGAGGCCCCAGGGGGAGGAGGGUCAGGGCUCCAGCCAGGCCCAGCAAGGUGCAGUGUCGAUGGGGACGGGGGUGCUGCUGAGGACCAAGCCCUCCAGGGAGAGGAGGCAGAGGGAUGCCCAGAGGGCCAAGAGACAGUCAGUCACCACCAGCUUCCUCAGUAUCCUCACCUGCCUGGCUGUGGAGAAGGGCCUGACCACCCAGAGCUUCAGGUGUGCAGGGUGUCAGAAGCCAGUAGGGUUGUCGCGGGGCAAGGCCAAGGUGUGUUGCUACAGUGGCUGGUACUACUGCCAGAGCUGUCAUCAAGACAACCUGUUCCUCAUCCCUGCCCGCCUGCUGCACAACUGGGACACCAACAGACACAAGGUGUCCAAGCAGGCCAAGGAGUUCCUGGAGUUUGUGUAUGAGGAACCCCUGCUGGACGUGCAGCAGCUGAACCCGUGUCUGUAUGAACACUGUGAGGGCCUAGCUGCAGUACUGCGCCUGAGACAACAGCUCCUCCUCAGAGCAUACCUGUUCAGCUGCCGUGCUGCUGUGGCCGAGGACCUCCGUAGAAGGAUCUUCCCCAGAGAAUACCUACUGCAACACAUCCACCUGUACUCACUGGCUGACCUGCAGCAGGUGAUUGAUGGGAAGCUGGCCCCCUUUCUCUCCAAGGUGAUUAAGUUUGCCAGUUCCCACGUCUUCAGCUGCAGCCAGUGCAGAGAGAAGGGCUUCAUCUGUGAGAUGUGUCAGAACGGACAGGUCAUCUAUCCCUUCCAGGAGAGCGCCACUAAGAGAUGUGAUGGUUGUGGAGCGGUGUUCCAUACAGAGUGUCAUCAGAAGGCCCAGCCGUGUCCACGCUGCGUACACAGAGAGCUCCACCAUAAGAGAGCCUCGUCUUUCUGGAGCCCUGACGACGAUACACCAGGCUGCGUCACACUGCCUUACCAGUACACCUGAUCACAAAUACACACACACACACACACACACCUACACACACACCUGACACCCGGAGAUCACACACACACGCAGACACACACAUGCAGAAACACACAUGCAGACACACACACACACACACACAGAUUGAAACAGCGGUGCCACUCCACAGAGCUACUCUCACCAAAGUCAAUGGAAGCAUGUGUGUUUGUGUGUGUGAGCCGGCCAGGAUACACAGUGAGAGUGUUGAUGACUAAGAAAGGGUUAUGCUCUCUCACACACACCUGCUUUGUGAGCUACGCUGACGUCACUCUCACCUGGAUGAGAUGGAUCCCAACGCAACACCCACCGGAGAGGAACUGCUCUGCCUCUUAGCCUCUCUGCUAUGUGCUAUCAUCACACACACACGCACACAAACACAGACAACACAAAUAAAGGGAGAGGGACCAUGCUGACUCAACAGCAGUAAUGCGUCCUCUUGACUUUCUGGACACAGUCGCACACACACACACACAUCUGGAAAUGUACAUUUCCAGCUCAUACAUUUCCGACAUCAGUGACCAACCUACAAGCUGAAACUAAUAUGCUGUUGGUGUGAUGUCACUAUAGCCUAUAUCUGGACUCUGUUGGUGUGAUGUCACUAUAGCCUAUAUCUAUAGCCUAUAUCUGGACUCUGUUGGUGUGAUGUCGCAACUCGCUAUAUAUUUGGACUAUAUAUCUGAACGCUACAUGUCCCUACUUCACCACGCUGCCCCUCUGCCCUUCACUCUCUCUUUAUCCUCCCCUUCACAUGUUUUUGCACUAUUUAUGCAUGUUCAUUAGGAUGUCAAGCCACAGACUGGGUUAGUAGCCACUGUAUUUAAGGAUGAGUUUGCUUAUUUAACUCACCUAUUAGCUCUUAGAGCCCCUCUAACCAACCAACCUUUAUCCAGACAUAUUCAAUAGGAGGGUCCAAGUGGGGGACGCUUAUUAUGAUCAAGACACACUUGAAACUAGAAUGAGAUUGAGUCAUAGUAAUGUUCAAAUCGCAUAUCAUCCUAUCAUGUAUACUUUUUCCUUGAGCUUGAUAGGGGCAACUACUCCCUACUGCUGUCCUAUGGGGCUAGAGGCUGGUGGAUGUAUUGACUGUCUCCAUUAUACUCAGUAGGAAAGGCUCCAUCAGGUCAGCCCUACAUCUCCAGGCCUCAGCCACAGAGGGCCCAAAUUACAGUCCAUGGAAAAGACCAUGCAGGGCUUAGUUAUGUUACGCAAGCCAUCUCAAACCCACAGGAGCUGGGACUCAUUCUACUGCUAUGACUCAGUGCUCUCACUCUAGAGCCAUAUAUAUAUAUAUAUACAUAUAUAUAAGAGAGAGCGAGAGAGAGAAUAUAUAUGGGGAAAAGUAUAGAGAUUUGGUGAGGGGUGUCUAUGACUCCCAGUAGUGUGACUGGUCAAAGCUCAAAGAACUGGCGGUGGAGGAUGAGAGCCCCAGUGUGUGUACUGUAUGUGUGAGAGCCCCAGUGUGUGUACUGUAUGUGUGAGAGCCCCAGUGUGUGUACUGUAUGUGUGAGAGCCCCAGUGUGUGUACUGUCGGUGUGAGAGCCCCAGUGUGUGUACUGUCGGUGUGAGAGCCCCAGUGUGUGUACUGUCGGUGUGAGAGCCCCAGUGUGUGUACUGUAUGUGUGAGAGCCCCAGUGUGUGUACU